AUGACAGACGGUCUGAGACUCCAGGGAGAUUCCCUUCCUAUCGAGUACCCAACUUACGAUUGGGGCAAGUCUCCAUCCACUGAUUACCACGAUCAUGACUGGUUCUGGCCUUUGAAUAAGCGAGUUCUUACGGUAUCCUUACUCAACGGAACAAAUGAGGAGAAGAACAUCAUCAUCAACCUCAUAAAUGAGCAUUACAACACAAUCAAGAUGGGUAUCCGGUUCAAGUUCCUUCAAGACGGUGACUCUACCCUAUCCGACAUCCGAGUCGCGGUGACAACGAGCUCUGAGUCAACCGACGGGUACAUGGCUACCACUGUUCCCCGUAAUGUACCAACUUUGCGGCUUCAAAUGUCACUGAGCCGCCCGGGUGGCCCCUCUCAACGACGGGCAGCACCUUUGCUACCACCAACUCGAUUCACCCCUCGUCCAUCACCAAACCUCAGUACCUCGUCCUCCUCUUCUGGACCCCAUCUCAGCGCUUCGUCACCCGUAUCGUCUGGUGCUACCACCCCUAAGGCGUCUGUCACGGAGGAAAAGCAGGAGGAACCCGAGGCCGGUGACGAUCUUGGCGGACUUAACGAUGGACCGUUGUUCAUCCUUCAGCCACGAACCUACACGCCGCAACCGCCUGCCACACCCGUGACGCCUGUGGUUAAGAGCCCUGAAUCACCCAAAUUUGAAGAACAAUUCCAAAGGCAGACUCUUACACAGCCUAUCCGAGAACCUGUAGGACUUGCACAGCCCGUUCGGGAAUCAACAGGAUAUGCAGAGCCUGUCCGGGAGUCGGUAGGAUUUACACAGUCUGUCCGGGAAUCAGUGGGAUUGGAGAAGAGGACAUCUUUGCGGCAGCGUGUGUCACAGAAAACAACACCGCCCGUAUCUAUCCAAAUUCCUCCAAGGAACACCAUCGAGAUACAGUCAUCGCUGCGGCCAUCUCCUGGAGGCAUAACGCCACGUACCUCGAAAUCGCAAGCUCCCGACUACUCGCAUGCCUCAGAUCUUGAAGCUUACCAGCCUCACCGUCUUCCUCGAGCCACCUCACACGCAGACUUCGGGACUCCUCCUGUGCGUCCUCUCAUGCCCUCGCCUCAUUCUGAACAUCACCAAUUUUAUCAUAAUACGAUUCCUGUCCGUGCAUCACCCCACUCUCCCCUGCAGCAGAGGCCGCAUACUGCAGGUCCGGCCGAUCAGUACCAUCAAUCGGGAUAUUUUCCUGGACACCAACGCAACCAGCCAUCUCGAAUGGGUGCCAUGAGCACGCUAAGCAGUGUGACAACGGCGACUUAUGACGAUGCUGCUACCGUGACAUCGCGGGCUACAACCCAAGCUGGAGGCAAGCGGGUCAAGAAGAAGAAGAGUGCCUUUGGGUGGCUCAAGAAGGCGUUUAGCAUGGACGAGGACGAAAAGGCAGAGUAUGAGGCACGCAGAGCCAUGCAGUACCGCGACAACUACUACGAUGGGCACAGCCCCAAGUUCCUGGACGGAAGGAGAAUUCGAUAA